UAAAGGAAAGCCCGUGCACUUCUUGGGUAGCGGCAGACACUGAAAGCAAAAGGAAACACCGCUGUUUCAAACUCAGCCGUGGUUAUUUGUUGUUAAUUUAUUUUCAAGAAUGUUUUCACUCGGGGAGAAAAUGGAAUUUCUCAUUGCAAAUCCCUAUUCAACGCCUGUCGGCCAGAGAAUCGAACGAGCAACCAGCGGCCUUUUGCAGUCAGAUGACUGGGGACUGAAUAUGGAGAUUUGUGAUAUCAUCAACGAGACAGAUGAGGGGCCAAGAGAUGCGGUCAAAGCUAUUAAGAAAAGAAUUGUGGGAAACAAGAACUUCAGAGAAAUCAUGCUGGCUUUAACUGUUCUUGAGGCCUGUGUAAAAAACUGUGGUCAUCGAUUUCAAGUUCUGGUGGCUUCACAGGAGUUUGUUGAAGGAGUUUUGGUCCGUUCCAUUCUGCCUAAAUAUAAUCCCCCCACUGCUCUACAUGACAGGGUGCUCAGCCUCAUACAAUCGUGGGCUGAUGCAUUUCGUAGUUCUCCCUCCCUGGCAGGAGUGGUGCAUGUAUAUGAUGACUUGAGGAGACGAGGCCUGGAGUUUCCCAUGACUGAUCUAGAUGCUCUGUCUCCCAUCCACACACCAAACAGGAGUAUUCCAGAAAACGGCACUGUUGAGACACCCCCGGAUGCUGCACCCACAAAUCAGCUACAAACACAAGAACCUCCCAGUGUUAUCCUUCAGAAUAUUUCACCUUCAGUCCAUCCCAGUGAUGGACCAGUCAGCCUCUCUGAUGAGCAGGAACAGAAGCUGCGCAGUGAGCUGGCACUCAUUAAGGGGAAUCUCUCUGUGAUGUCAGAAAUGCUGAAUGAGCUGAUACCUGGACAGAUCCAGCAAGAUGAUUCAGAACUGCUACAGCAGCUGUACUUGGUGUGCAAGAACAUGCAGGCUCGAGUGGUGGAGCUUAUCCCCCAGCUGCUGGAUGAAGGGUUUAUUGAAGAGCUUCUUAUGAUAAAUGACGACCUCAACAACGCUUUCAUCCGCUAUGAGAGGUUUGACAGACUGAACAAGGCACAAAUGACAAAUACUCAGCAACAGAGAGCUGCCACGAGCCAGAGUCUUAUUGACCUCGGCCCUGAGCCUGCAACACUCAACCAACCCGCUGUCAUCACAGAAACCAGCCAGCCAGCCAUCAGCACCUGGGCCACUCAACAACAAUCAUCUAACCACAAAGAGGAAGAAGAGUUUGACAUGUUUGCCCAGACAAGAGGAAGCUCCCUUGCUGAGCAGAGGAAAAGUGUCAGGUAUGAAGACCCAGGAGCUGUAGAGGGUCUUGCCGGAGCACUGGAUACAAGGUUGCAUGUCACAGGAGGGAUGCCACCAGCCAAAAAUUCCCCGAAGAGUGAUAUUGACAAAUGGUUAUCUGAUAUGGCAGAUCAGUCUUCAGUGAGUGAGGGAGUGUCCAGUGCAGAGUUUGAUAAGUUUCUGGAAGAUCGGGCGAAGGCAGCAGACAACAGCAGUCAGGCAAUUUGCAGUGUGUCACCUUCCUCAUCCAGACCACCACCUCCACAGUCUUCCUUGCAACAAGAGAGAUCACAUGACCAACUAUUUUCACUUUGAUUUUAUGGACAGAAAAGUUCAAUAUGCACAAAGUGUAAAUGAAACAUACCAGGAAUGAAAAAGUGCUCUAGCAAAUCAGGUUUUCACAGAAGCACAUACAGCUGUCUACAACUACACCUGACACUGACUGCUGCCUGAUCAACUCGCUGCAAUAAUAAUGUAUGCUUUUUCUUGUUAAUUCCACUCUUUAUCUCUGUGAAAGUACAAGCAACUUCAUACGACUGUAUUUAUGAAAUGUAUUAGUAUAAUGUUAAUGCAGUCAAAAUGUAUAAUUACAAGUGGUUACUGAAAAUAUAUUUGAUGUUAUAUCAUUAUUUACGUUUGACCAAAGCAGUUGAUUUUUUUGAAUAUUAGAAUAAAUGGGGCAUUGUCCUGCAAAAACGCUGCUUCUAUUUUUUUUUUUUAAUUUCUGCUAUCCAAUACCCUAGCUUCUAGAAAGGGAUUAAAUUCAGCAGCUUGAUAUCUUGUUGAUCUUUAUGAAGUAAUUCUAUAAGACAGCAGUUACUUUGAAAUUAUUUCAUCUGACAUUACAGACUACCCCUCAAAUACUAAUUCAAAAAUCAUGUUAAGCUUUUAAUGAUGGAUUUUAGACUAGCAUAAUCUAAGUUUUAAGGUCAUUAAAGAAUGUAAGUAAUUUUAAAUGAAAGCCCAAUUGUUGUCUUUACUUGAAUUCAGCACACAGACUAAAAGUAAUUUAGA